CGUGAGCUGAAUGAAUUUCCGGUUGACCCCAAACGCGGGAAAUUCGUAGGUUUGUAAAUUGAGAUUGCUUUUCGUUUGCCGACAAAAUCUAACUGGAGUAGGGACCUUUUCACUGCAAAUUUUGCAAAAUCAAAUGAAAGGCAUCAUGCUUGGCAAAAAGAACAACUUGAGCUCCACAAGCGCCCUCGAUGUUGAUGUGGAUGCAGGAGAGAUGGAUUCGGAUUUACGUCCUAUAACACCAACGGUUAUGACUACAUGUAAGAAACGGAAGAGAUCAUCAUUCAAGGGCCCAGUCAGAAUGACAGAGAAAAUACGGGCAGAUAUAAGCACCAUGCUGAAAGCUGUUCCCAAAAUUGAUGAGUUGUUCACAGUGCUUGACAAAAUAGGAGAAGGUACAUUCAGUUCUGUGUAUAGAGCCACUCUGAAGAAGACUCCAGACUGUAACCAGGAGUUUGCUCUGAAACACAUCAUCCCUACCAGUCAUCCAUCUCGUAUCCUCAGUGAACUCAGCUGCUUGGUCAGAAUAGGGGGCUGUCAUAAUGUGAUGGGGGUGAAACUCACUGUGAGGGAGAAAGACAACAUUGUCAUUGUGAUGCCACACUUCAAACAUAAUAAAUUUCAGGAUUUCUACCAUGACAUGACCGUCAAAGAAGUCCAGGACUAUCUCAGAGCCCUCUUCAUAGCCCUUAGGAGAGUCCACAAGUUCAACGUCAUUCAUCGAGACGUCAAGCCAGGAAACUUCCUGUAUAACCGACAUUCCAGGAAAUAUGCUCUUGUUGACUUUGGCCUCGCUCAGGCAGUACCCACCAGAUCCUCUGCCAAGACAACUGUAAAGCCUUCGAUUGUAGGGGGCGUCCUCCACCACGAUACCCCAAGGCCGCCUCAAUCAAGGAAGAACACUCGGAGGGCUGUGUCUACAUCAGAGAAUAAGGCUCUGACCAGAGUUGAACCGAAGAGAACUCAAUCAGAAAGUCAUUCUAAGGUCCCCAAGCUAGUAGAACUCGACCCCAACACAUUCCAUUCCACCGACAAGUCAUCCCGUGACCGUAGCAACCACCGGCUGGAUUCUGUCAAUGAAGACGACCUCAAGAAGAAGGUGCCUGCAAUGAUAGCAAGGGGCAGCGAGAACACCGCCGAGGUGAUCAUCGCCCCUUCUAAGGAAAAGAAGCCCACAAAACCCCCCAAGCCGGUCAUCCUGACAAGGAAUUGCGCUGCCAUCGCUACAAGAGGAGUGACUAGGAGGCUGCAGGACAUGCCAAAGACACCUCAGGGUAUCUGCGGGUGCUAUGGUUUACCUCAGGUCUGUGAUGUCUGCAUGGCUAAGAAGAACCAGGUGGCACCUAGAGCAGGCACACCGGGCUUCAGGUCACCAGAAGUCCUGCUCAAGUGCCCUGACCAAACAACGGCUGUGGACAUGUGGGCUGCAGGCGUGAUCUUCCUAUCCAUCCUGAGUGGGCGCUACCCCUUCUUCCGAGCACCUGACGACUUUACAGCCCUCGCUCAGAUCAUGAGCAUUAUGGGAACGGAGGAGACCACCGAGGCAGCUAAGGUCAACGGCAAGAACCUCCUGUGCAAUGUGAAGCUCCCCGCUAUGGAACUAAAGACCAUGUGUCGUCAGUUAAGACUUGGUGCCGUCCAGCGCAGGCUGAGCAAGAGCUCCCAAAGCAACGGUGAAUCCUCAAAACGACGGAGGCGGAGCAUCAACCAGACCUCACCCCCCAAAGAGGAAACCGUCGGUAGCCCGGAAUCGCAGCGGAGCGUGGGCAGUGUUGGAAGCGAGGAAGGCCUUGUGGAUCAGUUUCCUGACACGGCUUAUGACCUUCUUGGACGCCUUCUAGAGCUGGACCCUCAUAAGAGGAUAACUGCAGAACAAGCCCUCAAGCACCCAUUUCUACUUGAAUCACUUUGAUAUGAGCUUUCCUUCUGCUAGCCUAAGAUAGAUCAAUCCAUUUCUGAUGUCCAUUGCACAUGAGCUUAAGAUCAUUCUCCUUGGACGCCUUCUAGAGCUAGACCCUCAGAAGAGAAUAACUGCUGAACAAGCCCUCAAGCACCCAUUCCUUGUUGAAUCACUUUGAUAUGAGCUUUCCUUUUGCUAGCCUGAGAUAGAUCAUUCCAUUUCCGAUGUCCAUUGCACAUGAGGUGUCACUUGUCUGACCUACGAGACUGCAUGUGGUUUUGACUCACCAUGUCAGAGUUGCUUUGUGCAGAAAGGGAAUGUAAAAUGAACAAUGCAAACAUUGCCUUCACAGGCUUGAUGAGCUCAAGUUAUUACACAAUUUAAAGCCUGUCUGCACUAGUUUGGCCUGGAGGGAUUAGACCACCCAGUGUGGUCACUGACAGGUGGUUAUCUCAUCAGCUCUCAAUUAUCAUA